AUGUAUGAAAAUGAACAAUUAACAUUAACAAAUCAUGAACUUAUUGAAUUAUUUACGGAAGAUUUAGGAAGUUAUUUUGAUAAAGUAACAGAUGAAAUUGACAUAAUAACAACCAUACUUUCAACACCAAACACUUGAACAUUCAUCGAUUUCACCACCACUAACUGAACCACUUCGACAUUUUAUUUAUAUGUUAUUAUUUCGAUCAUUAUUUGGCAUUUGAAUAUAAACAAGAUAAAACUUGUCAAAUAUUUAUUUACAUUCAUUAUCUUCGGACUUCUUUUUUCAAUAGAAAAAACUGACUUAAAAUAAAAAUAUAUCUUUUGAUCUUUUCUCUUGAAUUGUAUUUCGAGAAACAAUCUAUCUAAUUGUUCUAUUAUGCUUUUUUUCGUCAAUUCUCUAAAUUAAAAAAAAUACAGAACACAAAUUGAACAAUCAAUUCAAUAUUAAUUAUUUAUUUAAUUAAAAUAUAAUUCAAUUCUAAAUGAAAUUUUAUUUGUUUUCUCUUUAAAAAAAAUAUUCAUCAAUUAUUUUUUAUAUAUAAAAAUUAUUCUUAGAUUACAUUUUUAAUGGUAGUUUUUUAAUGUAUGAUUCUUUAUGACUUUUGGCCAUUAGUUUUCAAAGAUAAAUAUGAAAGAUUGAUUAUUUUUGCUCGAUUUUUAUUGAAAAAAUAUAUUGAUUAUCAUCAAAUUUUUAUUCUAUUUAGUUAAUUGGAUAUUUACAUUAAAUUGGCAUCAUCAAUCUAUAUAUAUGUCGUAUCGAAGUUACACCGACCGGCGAAGUUAUAACUUCGACAAUAAAAUUUGUCGAAGUUAGUUGUAUUUCAUUUAUCAAUUAAAUGAUUUACUAAAAUCGAAUAUCAUAUUGUUGAAUACAGGAUAAAAUUUGUUUUGCCAAGGAACAUUCUUAAUUCAACUAUUUGUUGAAUAAAGAGUAUUCAUUUGCAAAAAACAAAUUAUCCUGUAUUCAACAAUAUGAUAUUCGAUUUUAGUAAAUAAUUUAUUGAUAAAUGAAGUACAACUAACUUCGACACGGUAUAUAUAUAUAAUCGAAUCCAUUUAUGAAAUGCGACUUGUUUUUAUAUUAGAUUAAUUAUCAUUCAAUAUUUUUAUAUUUUCUAUUAUUAAAUCUUCUUGAAUAAGAGAAAUUUGUUUUUACUUAAUCGAGAAAUACACGUUUUUCAAUCGAAAAAAAAAAGUUGCGAGAAUUUUUCUAGAGAUGUUUCGUUUUUGGCU